UAAAUAGUGGUGAUGUCACGCGUGCAAGAUGGCGGAAGGGGAGGACGUGGGAUGGUGGCGGAGCUGGCUGCAGCAGAGCUACCAGGCAGUCAAGGAGAAGUCCUCCGAAGCCUUGGAGUUCAUGAAGCGGGACCUGACAGAGUUCACCCAGGUGGUGCAGCACGACACGGCCUGCACCAUUGCUGCCACCGCCAGUGUGGUCAAGGAGAAGCUGGCUACUGAAGGCUCCUCAGGAGCAACGGAAAAAAUGAAGAAAGGGCUGUCUGACUUCCUAGGGGUGAUCUCCGACACCUUUGCUCCCUCACCAGACAAAACCAUUGAUUGCGAUGUCAUCACCCUGAUGGGCACACCCUCUGGCACGGCUGAGCCCUACGAUGGCACCAAGGCUCGCCUCUAUAGCCUGCAGUCAGACCCAGCAACCUACUGCAAUGAACCAGAUGGGCCCCCAGAGUUGUUUGACGCCUGGCUUUCCCAGUUCUGCUUGGAGGAGAAGAAGGGGGAGAUCUCAGAGCUCCUUGUAGGCAGCCCCUCCAUCCGGGCCCUCUACACCAAGAUGGUGCCUGCAGCUGUUUCCCAUUCAGAAUUCUGGCAUCGGUAUUUCUAUAAAGUCCAUCAACUAGAGCAGGAGCAGGCCCGGAGGGAUGCCCUGAAGCAGCGGGCAGAACAGAGCAUCUCUGAAGAGCCUGGCUGGGAGGAGGAAGAAGAGGAGCUUGUAGGCAUUUCACCCACAUCUCCAAAAGAGGCAAAGGUUCCUGUGGCCAAAACUUCCACAUCCCUUGAAGGAGGACCUGGCCCCCGGAGCCCCUGUGAAGAGAAUCCAGUGACCCCAGUUGAGGCUCCAACAGAGGUGACUCCAUCGGAGAGCAGUGAGAGCAUCUCCCUCGUGACACAGAUUGCCAAACCUACCCCUACAUCUGAAGCACCAGUUCUGCCCAAGGACCUGUCCCAAAAGCUUCUAGAGGCAUCUUUGGAGGAACAGGACCUGGCUGUGGAUGUGGGCGAGACUGGACCCCCACCCCUCUCUCAGUCCAAGCCCCACACUCCUGCUGGCCGCCCCAGUGGUCCAGAACCCAGACCUCCAGCCAGAGUAGAGACUCUCAGGGAGGAGGUACUCACAGACUUACGGGUGUUUGAGCUGAACUCCGACAGCGGGAAGUCUACACCGUCCAACAAUGGCAAAAAGGGCCAAGGUCUAUACAGAAUCAUCCAGCAUGAAAGCAGUCAUAGACAACAUGUCAACAAAUGGUCGUGGCUGUGUUCCAGAAUUUUAUUUCCAAAAGCAGACGGCUCAAGCACAGACAUCAGUGAAGACUGGGAGAAGGACUUUGACUUGGACAUGACUGAAGAAGAAGUGCAGAUGGCACUUUCCAAAGUGGAUGCUUCCGGCGAGCUGGAAGAUGUAGAGUGGGAGGACUGGGAAUGAGGGGAGCCAGAGCAAGCUGCUCCCCCACCCACAGCACUUCCCACCUCCCUCGCUCGUCUCAGCCUGGCCCUGGAAGACACUGACUAAGAAUGUCCCCCAAAUGGCCUCUGUCAUCCAGAGCUCUAGGCAAAUUCUGGGUUGUUCCUUGUUGGCCCUUUGGGCCUCUGCUCACAUCUUGGAAGGGGCUCGGUAAAUCCAAACCAGGAACUCUGACUUGUGCCAACCAUAGGAUGACCCAAGGGGAAGGAAACCUACCCCCCUCACCAGAAGAGCCUACACUUCUCUGCCGAACACCCACUGUUCCUGGGGACUCUUGCUGGGAAGUCCCAAGAGAUAGCCUUAGCCUAUUUGCCUGUGUAGGCAGAGGCUAAACUACCAGUCUCUUUGAGGAUGCCGGAAAGUACACUCUGUCACCCAGAAGCAGGCAGGGGAGGCCAUGCUACCUCCCCUUGGCUAGACAGGGCUAGCGAACACAUUUUGGUUCCUAUCCCAGUGGGUAAGAGGCAUUCAUUUCUGGGAAAUUUGCCUCUCUUAGGAAUCUCCCCCUCCCAGGCAUUUUCCAUUCCUGGAAAGGUUCCUUGUGGUUCAGAAUCUAGAGACCAAACUCCCUCUUUUCACUCAGUUCAGACUGGUAUGUCCCCAAUGCCUUUCCCAAGGCUUCUUCGUGUCAGAUGCACCCAAGUCCUUAGCCCAGCUGUGCCACCUGCAAGAGUCUGCUCUUGCUCUUCUUCCCCUCCCCCAGAAGGGAGGGGGCCACACUUCAGGCCCUUCCGUGUGUUGCCUGGUGGGAUACCUUGUCCAACCAGCUACCCACCUCGACUCCCCUGUAGCUUAGGACACAAGCCAGCUACCAGCGGUACAGAGCAGUGAUCAAAGCUGAGUACUUACAACUCUGGUAAGCCCAACUUCUCCACCUCAACCCUUCUGCUUCUUGAAGGGAUUUGCUGGGGGUGAGCUUCUUGAGACUCUCAUCAGGCUUCUGCAAAAGCUCUUCUUCCUGAAGGCAGAUCCAAUCUUUGUGGCUCUCACCCUCCACUCUGGUAAAAGCUGCACCUCUCUUGGGGGGAUGAGGGGCUUCAGGAAUCCCUGGAGACCCUGGUGCUUCACGUUGCUGCUCUGGUGAUUCUUGUACAUAAUCUGGUGUGUUCACCAAUGAUUUAAAGGGAUCGUGGUCAGGGACGCCAAGAGAGUGGUGGUCACUUCCACUUCAAACCUUCAGUGAGGGGGUGGGAUGGAGAGAAUGCGGAAUCUUUUUUUGACGGGAUGGGGUUUUUCUCUUUGUAAUUAUUUCUUUAGUUUAAUUAACCUUUUGGUUGUUUGUGCAAUAUUAUAUAUUUUAAAUUAUAAUGUAUCUCCCCAGAGUAUUUUGUAGCCGGGAAAAGAAAAAAGGAGGAAAAAAAAAGACUCUUCACAGCUGUUAGUUUUGUAAUUAAAAAAAGAAAGAAAAAAGAACUUUGUCCUGAACCUUUUCCAGACUUGCCAUUAACAGCUAUUAAAGAGAUUCAACAGAA